AUGGGUUUGUUAGCUGAGGUCGUCUCUCGCUUCUGCGAGCACUGCUCGACCCUGUCCACCACCGCCCUCGUCUCCAGCGCCGUAUCGGCCUUUAUCGUCCUCUCCAUCGUUAUCAACGUCCUCCUCCAGCUCCUGUUCAAAGACCCGAACCAGCCUCCAGUUGUCUUUCACUGGGUUCCAAUCAUUGGAAGCACUGUCUCAUAUGGCAUUGAUCCGUACAAGUUCUUCGAUGACUGCAAGGCAAAGUAUGGAGAUAUCUUCACAUUCGUGCUCCUGGGCAAGAAGACGACCGUCUUCCUCGGUACAAAGGGCAAUGAUUUCAUUUUGAACGGAAAGCUCAAGGACGUUUGCGCCGAGGAGGUCUAUUCUCCUCUCACCACCCCAGUGUUCGGACGACAUGUCGUCUAUGACUGCCCCAACUCCAAGCUCAUGGAACAGAAGAAGUUUGUCAAAUUCGGCCUUACAUCUGAAGCUCUUCGAUCCUACGUCACCUUGAUCACCAAAGAAGUCGAACAGUUCUUCGAGACGUCUCCAGUUCUCAAGGGCGACUCCGGUGUCCUCAACGUCAGCAAGGUUAUGGCCGAAAUCACCAUCUACACUGCCUCUCGAUCCCUACAGGGCAAAGAGGUUCGCGAGAAAUUCGACUCCAGUUUCGCCGAGCUGUACUGCGAUCUUGAUAUGGGUUUUGCCGCCAUCAACUUUAUGUUCCCAUGGGUUCCUUUCCCACACAACCGCAAGCGUGAUCGUGCCCAGAAAAAGAUGGCUCAGGUCUAUACCGACAUCAUCCGCCAAAGACGCGAGGCCGGUGGAGAGAAGGACUCCGAGGAUAUGGUGUGGAACUUGAUGUCCUCUGUAUACAAGAACGGAACCCCAAUCCCUGAUAUCGAGGUUGCUCAUAUGAUGAUUGCGCUAUUGAUGGCUGGUCAGCAUUCGUCCUCAUCUACCGGCUCCUGGAUCGUUCUUCGCCUCGCCAGCCGUCCAGAUAUCCUCGAGGAACUGUACCAGGAACAACUCCGUGUCCUAGGCAAAGACCUUCCACCACUCACCUACGAAACGCUACAGAAACUCGACCUCCACAACAACGUUAUCAAGGAAACCCUCCGUCUUCACGCCCCAAUCCACUCCAUUCUCCGUGCUGUCAAGUCUCCCAUGCCAGUCGAGGGAACAAACUACGUUAUCCCUACCUCUCACAAUCUACUCGCAGCCCCCGGUGUCCCAUCCCGCGAUGCCCAGUAUUUCCCCGACCCAAUGCUCUGGAACCCACACCGAUGGGAGGGCAAUGCCGGCGUCACCGUGGUGGAAGCCAGCGAAGAAAAGACCGAUUACGGAUAUGGUUUAGUUAGCAAGGGCGCUAACAGCCCUUACCUCCCAUUCGGAUCUGGAAGACAUCGAUGUAUCGGUGAACAGUUCGCAUAUGUACAACUUGGAGCAGUAACAGCUGCUCUGGUGAGGUUAUUGAAAUGGAAGCAAGUCGAAGGUACCAAGGCUGUCGUACCAGAUACUGAUUACUCGUCUCUAUUCUCAAAACCCCUUGGCAACCCAAUGAUAGCGUGGGAGAAACGAAAGCAGCCAUCUCCCAAAUGA